AUGAGUGAGAGCUGUGAUAGUACAGUCGACCAGCCUGAUUUUUGGGAGCCAUUCGAUUUUCCACCGCACUUGUCUGAUUUGGCAGACUUCAGGUAUCCACCACCUGCUUCAUCCAACUCUGACUCCUUGACGCAGCAGCAGGAGUGGUGUGCUGACGACAUAUCAUUGGACGAUGCAGUGGAACUGUUCUAUGAUCCCACGCGCCGCUGGCGGGAAAGCGCCGGCGCUCUGCUGUUUUUGCGGCCGCCCCCCGCCCCCGCCCGCCCGCGCUAUAAAGCGGCGCUGCCGCCGCCCGCCGCCACUCUGCUCCGAGAUGCGCGCCACGCCCAUCGCAGCUGCUCUCGUGAGUACCACCACACGUCACAUCACCUCACCUCUCUACUGGCGGUGCUGGCGCUGUGGCUGCCGGCGGCGCCGGCUCGCCAGUACGCCGUCAGCGACGACGCGGCCGCCUCGCAGGACGACGACGCUCCGUCUCCGGCGCGCCCCGACUACUCGCGCUACUUUGCUUCCGCCGCGGCGCCUGGCCUGGCCGUACUGGCGCCCGCAGACCCACAGCAAAAGGACGCCGCCGCCGACUCGGCGGGCUUCGUGCGGCCGCUGGACUUCUCGGCGCUGUUCGCCGCCGCCUCCGACGCCGCCCCCGGCUCUGCCGCGCUGCUGCAGCUGCAGCCGCAGGGACUGGGACUCGCCAGCCCCGGCGCCCACAUCUUCGGCCUCCAGGAUGCCACCGGCGCCGCCUCCAACAGCAACGGCACCGCCGGCUUCACCAGCGACCAGGUCCGCUUCCCGUCGCUGUUCGACGCUGCGGGCUCCGCUUCGGAGGCGGGCUUCCGCCCUCAGGACUUCCUAGCGUCAGCAGCCGCCCCCGGGGGCGGCGCGCAGCCUCUGGCCGCCGCCUCGCCCUCGCAGGACGCGUACUCGCCGUCGCUGGCUAAGCUGCAGCGCGACUACAGCCUGCGGCCCACGCACUACGACGCCGCCAUCCGCGCCGCUGCCGCCGCGUCCGCCCCCGCCUCGGCCCCUGCCGCCGCUCCCGCCACGGGCUCUGUGCCGCGGCCGGCGGCGCUGCUGCUGGAAGAGCGGCCCAAGCCGUACACCGGCUACCGCGCCGCCCCCGCCUCCUCCGGCGCGGCGGCCGCCGCCUCCGGUGACGCGGCCGGAACGGGCCUGCGCGCCGCCGCCGUCGAGCUGCUGCCCGGAGCUCCGGUCGCCUUAGCCCAGACCCGCCCCAGGCCGUACGUGGGAUACCGCGCCGCCCCCGAGGUGGAAGGCAUCGUCGCUGCAGCCCCGUCUGGCAACUACUACAGACCCGCCCAAGCCACCAAGCGGGAGCAGCCGCAGUACUACAGCGGCAGCAGCUACGAGGCUGCGCGCGCCCCUGGCGGCGACCCGGCGGACUACGAGGGCCUGGCCAGCUUCAAAGCGUCCAUCGUGCCCUACCAGAAGCCGUCCAAGGCGGAGGCGGAGGCCAGCGAGCCGCGCCCCGGCAAGUCCUCCUACCCCGGCACGCCCACCGCCGGCUACAACGGAAAGUACCUCAAGCCUGAGAAAGCUGACGCUGGGCGCUACCACGACGACGGCUACGAGACGGCGGCCGCAGCGGCUGACAAGGCGGUCGGAGGCUACAAGGGCAGCAACUACAAGGAGGCCGCGUACGAAGAGGUGGCGGCUGUGGCCAAGGAGGGCAAAGCGGCCGCCGGCGGCGGCUCCGGCGAGGGCGGCAAGAAGUGCAAGAGGGUGGAGAAGAAGGUGACGGCGGACGACGUGGCGAGCGGACGCUUCCGGCGGCAGGCGAUGACGUGCUUCGUGUGCGAGGACCCGGCCACCGGCGGCAACUACGAGGAGUGCUCGUACGGCGCGGAGCCCAAGCAGGAGGCCUACUUCGUGGGCAGCUCGCGCUCCUUCAAGGCCAAGCCCACCGAGACGUCGCUGCGCUACCGCCGCGAUCUCGACCCGGAGCUCGCCGCCAUGGAGACCGAGGCUCGCGUCUACCGGCAGGCACCGUCCGACUACGAGCGCGAGCUGGACGCGUUCCUCAAGUCUGACACGUCUUCGGGCUACGCCUUCCGUCCGAGCAGCAGCGGCUACGGCCCUUCGGAGCGGCUGUCGGCAGCCGCCGACAACGCCAACUGCCAGAAGGUGGUGAAGGACUCGAUGACGUGCCAGGUGUGCAAGGACCCCAAGACGGGCGGCUCGUCCGAGCAGUGCUCGUACUCGACCAAGCCGGAGUCGAACAACUACUUCGUGGAGAAGCAGUCCUCGUACAGCAGUGGCAGCAAGCAGCCCACGCGCUCCACCAGCUCCAGCUACGACAGCCGCGGCGGAGCCAGCGAGCGCCGGGACGCCAAGCUGCCCGGCAAGGACCUCACACAGGCGGCGAGCGCCGACCAGCCCAGCUCGGGGCUGAACCUGCCCGAGGUGAAGGGCCUGGACCCGUUCCUGUACGGCCAGGCCGAAUCGUACGACCCGCAGGCGUCUUCGGACACUUCGUCGCGCUACAAGACCGACUACUACGCGCCCUACAAGAGCUACGAGGAGUAUUUCCGCCACCUGUUCCCCGACCUGGGCGCCGCCGGCUCCGCCGCACAGCCCAGCGCCAGCCAAGCCUCCGGUGACUACAGCAAGAGCGGCUCGCGGCCAGAGUUCUACAGCGCGCCGUCCACGGGAGCGGCGGUGGCGGCCGUGGCCGACCGCAAGGAUCUGGACGCCGUGCUGGGCGAGUUCACGCGCAAGGAUCGCUCCGCCUGCAAGAAGGUGCAGCGCGACAAGAUGACGUGCUACCAGUGCGCCGACGCCACGGGCACCCAGCACGAGGAGUGCAUGUUCGUCGCCGCCUCCGAGCCCAAGAGCAAGCACCUCGCCUACCACGAGCACAAGCAGUUCAAGCUGCCCCCGCCGCCGGGCGUCCCCGUCGCGGCCGCAGGGAAGGACUCGACCGGCGCCGCCUCCGCCGUCGACCAGCAGACCGACUCGGGACGAUCUAACGACACGACGACCGCCUCCCCGACCUCUGAGACCCCCACGACCUCGACCGAGGCUGCGGCCGCGGCCAAGAGCAAGCGCAAGACCUUUUUCAAGAAGGCGUCCUCCUCGUCGGUCGUCGCGAAGCCCACGGUGGCGGCCGAGCCGACCAAGGCCCGCAAGGUGCGCAUCACGCGCCGCUCCUCCAAGUCGACGCUGACGACUCUGACGACGACGCGCCAGACGCUGACUGCGCCGUCGGCGCUCGCCGACGACGCGGUAGCGGCCGGCUCGGAGCGGCGUGAGGCCGUCGCGGAGGCGGGGGAGGCGUCGGCCGAGCCGCCGCCCCCGGAGCUGUCGGAGGCGGACCGCAGCCCGGACGGGCUGUACAGCAGCGAGACGCGGCUCGUCUUCGAUCCCGUGCUCAAGGUGACGCUGCCGCGCUACAUGCUGACGCGCACCGAGCACGAGGACGUCUUCGACGAGGUGAUGGCGUCGGGGCGCUGAGCGGCGCCGCCCCCGACACCGACUCCGUCCGACGACGACGUGACUGAGGACCUGACGCCUCUCCUACAAAAUGGGGCCAAUCCUUGACACUUGCAACGUAACUCGUGGACGGCGACUCUAAACACCCAAUGUUUCACAAAUUCCCUACAGAUCCAACACUGAUCUUCAUUACUUACUGUCAGCCUGUUUCAAGUGUACAAUCAAUUUCCGCUAAUUUACAUGCAUCAGUAGCUUUGUCAGGUGCAAUCAUGUCCUAGAAUGUGAUUUACAACACGAAACCUACCAUAACCGGAUGUCUUGUUUUACAGACAGCCACUACACACCCAUUAUAUAUGCACAAACACACACACACUGUAAAGAACAUGUAGUGCAUUUUGAAAUUUCACGAUAAGGCUUUGGUGCACAAAUCUGAAAACUAUACUUAAUUAUUGGGGCCUCUCUCCGACUGUGGUUAUUGUAGAAGACUGAUCUUUAAGCAUCUCUCUCUUUUUGGGCCUCUUUUCCGUUCUCUGUCUGUCUGUCUCUCUCUCUAUAUAUAUAUCUCUCUCUCUUUCUCUCUCAUUCACUCUCACUCUCUCCUCUUGCUCCUUCUUCCACUUGUCUCUCUGCCUCUCUCUUUCACAUCCUUCGCCUCUGUUUCCUUCCCAAUGCCUCUCUCAUGCCUGUCUCAAUUCCGUUGGCACUCUCUCUAACUUUCUCUUCUAACUCUUCUCAUUUUCCUAAGUCUCUCCCUUGUUGCUAACUGCUUCUUCCCUCAUUCUUUAAGUUUGUUUGUCUGUAUUUUUGCGUACCAAAUUUGUAAGUACUACAGCACCACUCUACUUAAUUUGAUAGAAAACACAACAGCAGACUGAAAUAUGUGAAUAAUGUCCUUCAUUCUCCCCACUGUGUGCGUUUCUGCCUGGUCUGCAAACCCAAGAAUAUACUGCAACACAGGAUAUGCUGCGACAGUUUCAUAUAUUACUGAAGGUAAACCUGUCAUUAGCUCCUUCAUUUCCCUUGCUAUGUCCAUUUCUGUCCUGUCUCAAAAACCCAAAAACAUACAGCAACGAAAGACACUACAUGACAAUUAUAUAAUGUACCUAAAGAUUUUGUGGUAUGUGGGGAUUCAAAAUAGGUCUUCGAUAGAUGGGAUGAAAGUUAACCAACCGUUACCCUGGAGCAACGAAAACAAAACGAAGUAGAUCUCAUACUAACACUCUACGUAAUCUGGUGAUCUUAUUCUAACACACACACACAUAAUUAUCAAGCAAACACUUACCGCGAUCGCUCCACCUCGCACACGCGAGGCAGUGAUAAGACUGGAAGAGGGCCCGACGCUGUGAAAAACUUUCUAUGCUGAUGUCGGAGUGCUGCCAUUAAGAGGAGAUGCGGCGUGGUUGACCGCUCAUGUGCUUACAACCCUGUUUCAGAGCGCCGGCCCGGAGACCACACCGGUCGGUGGGUCACUGACCUAGGGACCAGCACAACGAGGCGCCGCUACUUCACUCGUGCACCACUGUACAUCUCACUCGU